AUGGCUGGUACCGCAAAGCGCAGAGCAUCUCGUCUUCUAACCAAAGAUAACGAAUCAGCCGAAGAAGAAAGUCCAGUUGAAGAACUUCGUUUUAAUCCUAAUGCUAAAGUACUUAGAGCUAGAAGAAGAACAGAUCCAGUAGUGGUUAAAAAGGGUUUAUUUAGUGGUAUGACUGUCUUCCAAACUAGUGAUCAGAAACUCAAAGGUCUUAAUACUUCAUUUCUUCAAGCAGCCAAUCAAGCGUAUACUACUAACAAUACUUACGACCUAAAUCCUCUAUUUACUCAGUAUAAUACGUAUCGGGCCGAAAUCGAGCAGAAAGAGAAAGAUAGAAGUACAGCUGCUAAUAUCUUCCAAUCUGGAGUUAGACCAGGCAGUACCCCAAUUAGUACGCCAAUUAGUACUCCUGAUACAAGUAUAGCUGGUGAUAAUAAGAACAUAUCUAGUGAUAAUUUACCCAAUACUAACUCAACUCAAUCUGGGCCAAAUCAAAAACCUACUCCACUAUCUCCAUCUAAAUCUCAUUCAAAACCUACUCCAUCCUCUCCUAAACCCACACCAUCUUCUCCACCUAAACCCCAUUCAAAACCUACACCAUCAUCACCUAAACCCCAUUCAAAACCCACUCCACUAUCUCCACCUAAACCCCAUUCAAAACCUACACCAUCAUCACCUAAACCCCAUUCAAAACCCACUCCACUAUCUCCACCUAAACCCCAUUCAAAACCUACACCAUCAUCACCUAAAUCUAAUCCCAACUCAACUCAAUUUCAACCUUUAGAAGUAGAUUGCAAAGUAUACGUGCGUAAGACUAAACGUUUUGAGAGUAUUGGGUUUGUUAAGCUAGUGGUGGAAGAGAGGAAGGGAGAUAAGUGCAUUGCUAUUUAUGAUGGCAAGAAAGAGAUAGUUUGUUCUUCAAUUCAACAAUCUUCUAUUCGUUCGGAAGCAGGUAGUAAAGAACUUAUCUUUGUUGAUUCAGAUACAACUGCUUUAUAUAAGGCUAAGUUUGCUACUUUAAAGGACUCAGAUGAUUUAAGACGGGCUUGUGGACUACUAGACUCUAAUUCUGAUAACAAUUAA